AUGAAAGACAUCAAAGUUCGUCCAUUACAUCAUUUUCUCUGCUUGUUCGCUGAUCCCGUACCGAUCAACAACAACACUCAAGAAUCAACAACUUCGGAACAAUCGAACAACAAUAAUUCGAAAUCAAGAGUCUUAUUUCAAGAGAAAUCACCAGAAUGGAUCAUGGAUGGUAUUGGAUUUAAACCUCUCUUUCUGAGGGUAUUAUCCUUCUUGGAUGAGUACGAUUUGGCUCAGAGCAUCGAACCAGUUUGUAAAUUAUUUAGAAAUUUUGCCUUGUCUGAUGCCUUGUGGGAACCUUUGCUGUUCAAUGUGAUGAAGGAGAAGGAAAAGUGGACGAAAGAGGUUUUGGAGGCUAGAUUAAACCUAGUGAAAGAUGAAACUAGUUGGAAACAAAAGAUGAUAAAAAUUGUCAGAAUGUACUAUAGAGAUUUGGGUUGUACAGAUUUGUCAUUUUCCACACCAGGUGAGAAUGGAUAUUGGGGUGUUGAAUGUGCCGAGUGUGGUGCCAAGAUUGAGCAUAGGGAGACUUAUAUUUGGGACAAGGAUUCUAGUGAUAACUUCCAUAUUGAUUGUUUUCCUAAGGAUAGAUUUUAUGAGCUAGUUGAAAAUGUCAAUCAGUGCAGACAUAGUUAUGGUUAUGUGGAAAGAGAGUUGAUCAAUGCAUUCUUCAAACGUAGAAUUAUUGGAAGGGUCAAAGCCAUUGAUGAAUUUGAGGAAGAGGAAGAGGAAGAACAAGAGGAUUUGCCCGAAUUCACAUGCGACAUUUGUGAGGAACCUAUUACUGGAAUCAGAUACAAUUGUCUUGAUUGUGGAGAAUAUGAUUUGUGUGGCUAUUGUUGUGAAAAGAUUGUCAUGAAACAAAAGGGCUCUGAUUUGCCAAUUUGUAAAGAUGUCGAUCACCCACACGAUCACAUUUUCCAAACUAUAGGAGAGGAGAAUUUCGAUACCUAUUCUUGCAAUGCUUGUAAAGAGAAAAUUAGAGGUUAUCGUUAUGUCGAUCCAGAGAAGGAUGACUAUGAUUUAUGCACCAUUUGUUUCUAUAAGGCACUUCAAGAACCAGCUCCAACUCCAUCCUUUGAAAGAUAUGAUGUAUUUGGAAACAAUUGCAUUGAUGAUCUCUUUACUGAAUUCGCCAAGAAAUUGCUCUUAAAGGAACUCAAAGAUGUUUAUGCAGAGCUAGAUGAAGAAUCUGGAAACCUCCCAAAGAAAGAACUUGCUGAAGAACUGGUCAAUAUUUUGGAAGAGAAGAGAGACGAUGGCAAGUGUCCAUUCUUUUCCAAGCUGGUCUCUAUUGUUCCAAGAUUUUGCUGCAAAGAUAGUGAGGGAAAUAUCCUUACUGAAACUGCUUGCAAUGCUCUCGUGCACACUCUGGAAGUUGUGAGCAAUAAUGAAAAGGCUGCCAAGCCACCAAAAAAGAAGACCAAAACUGAUUAAUAUUCUCAAAUGUAGUUUUAUUGUGUAAUAUAUUUAUUUCCUAAUUUAUUAUU